AUGGGCAACGUGAUGGAUGGUAAGUCGGUGGAGGAGCUGAGCAGCACCGAGUGCCACCAGUGGUACAAGAAGUUCAUGACCGAGUGCCCCUCCGGCCAGCUCACCCUCUACGAGUUCCGCCAGUUCUUCGGCCUCAAGAACCUGAGCCCGUCCACCAGCCAGUAUGUGGAGCAGAUGUUUGAGACCUUUGACUUCAACAAAGACGGCUACAUCGACUUCAUGGAGUACGUGGCGGCGCUCAGCCUGGUCCUCAAGGGGAAGGUGGAACAGAAGCUGCGCUGGUACUUCAAGCUCUACGACGUCGAUGGCAACGGAUGCAUCGACAGGGACGAGCUGCUCACCAUCAUCCGGGCCAUCCGAGCCAUUAACCCCUGCAGCGACACGACCAUGAGUGCAGAAGAGUUCACCAAUACAGUGUUCUCCAAGAUUGAUGUCAAUGGGGAUGGGGAACUCUCCCUGGAGGAGUUCAUCGAGGGCGUCCAGAAGGACCAGAUGCUCCUGGACACGCUGACACGGAGCCUGGACCUCACCCGCAUCGUGCGCAGGCUCCAGAACGGCGAGCACGAAGAGGAGGGGGAAGGGGCCGGCGGCGGGGAGACUGAGGCGGCAGGCUGA